CUCCCGCAGAGCCGAGCGGAGCAGCAGCGUCUCUCCCCUCCAGCUCCAAGCUUUAUGUCUGUGAGAGCUGCUCAGCGCCGCUGGGGAUAUUUUAUCGAUGCUCUCCACCUAAUGUGACAAUUUCAUACAACUGCUUGAAUUACCGGCUGAAGCAAUGGGAGCCUUUGGAGUGAUCAUAGGGAUUUUACAGUACGCGGGACUUUAUGUUCAACUUAACGCGGCUCUCAGCGUCGGACAAGGAGAGGUGGAUAAUCACAUCUCUGGAAAUGCUCUCUUUACAGAGGUGCCACACGACAUCACGACACAGAGCGGUGAGGAUGUAGAGAUGGCUUGCUCCUUCCGUGGGGCGGGCUCUCCCUCCUACUCCCUGGAGAUCCAGUGGUGGUACAUCAAGGACCACAGAGAUUGGCAAGAGAAGCCUCCACAGAUCACUAAUAAUGUUGUACCCAUGGAGGAAACGUCCAAAGAUGCCACCAAAAUUAGUGUGGUAAAAGUGGCUGGCAGCAACAUCUCCCACAAGCUCCGUCUCUCCAACGUGAAGCCAUCAGACGAGGGCACGUACGAGUGUCGCGUCAUUGACUUCAGCGGCACCGUGGCGCAGCAUCACCGCGUCCGCGCCUACCUCCAAGUGGAGUCAGAGAGGAGUCAGGGGUUGGAUGAUGUCAAGCUGCAGGAGCCAGGGCACCGGUCACAGGGGAACCACCCUCACCCCCACCACCAAGCAGAGGGCAGGGAACUGAAGAGGAGAUCAGCUGGCACCACUGACUGUAAUGAGAGCUGUGUGCUUUAGAGCGGGCAGUCUGCCUGUCUGUCUGCAUGUUCUUGACUUAUCUCUAAACAGGGACAGCCAUCAACACACCACAGAGCUGAGGCGUCAGACGUAACUGGACCCUUUGUGUUCUACGGUUUGUUUGUCAAUCUUUAAUAUUGCUGUUUGGAUGCCAAUGCUAUUGAAUGCCAAUAAAAGGCACAAUUUUAUUGACAGUACACAUGGUUGUGUCCUUUUUGUUGCUCUGUAAUUUGUCUCUGUGCUUUUUCCUAUUGCAUUAAGUUUGUGUUAAUGUGACAUUAAGGCUGUAACAACAGAUAAUUUUUUUUGUUAUUUUGUCCGAGCAAGACUCUUUCAUUGGUCGAGCACCCAGAGGUUACAAUACAUGGCAGUGAAGAGUCGGAAUUAUUAUAAAUAACAAUUUACUGAUACAGACACAGAACAGACCAUUUCCCUUGCAACGAGCCAGUUCUACUGUCUUUUAGCAAAACAUAUGCCAAAAGUUGCAGUAUUUCAGUGUAAAUGCUUUCUAAUAAUUAAAUUAAAUUAAGCUUUUUUUCAUUCAUCUGAAAACUUUUCAAAGUGCAUUGAUUUAAUUUAUGUAAUCUUUGUUUACAUACACGUUGAGAGAAAAGUAUCCACAUGUAGCUUUCCAUACAAGACAAGGCUGUAUACUAGAAUGUUUGUCAAACUAAAAAAUGUAUGCCUUCAUGAUCACAUCAAGAUAAUAUAUAAAUUCUUGUGUAUAUUCACUCUUGGCACUGUAGACUUUCACUGUUAUCGUCAUAAAAUAAAGUUUACUCUGUGCUACUUUACCAAAUGGCUCAAGAAACACAACUACAGUAUGUUGUUAACUCCAAACUUAUGUUGUCAUUUUCUCAACCACAAUACAACUUUUUGUCUAAACCUUUAUGGAGUUUGUCAUCUGAAUCACAAUCUCCUCUUAACUGUGUUGGUUCUAAGUGCUACUGUUU